GGCUCGAACGCGACGGUCCACGCGACGGGCGUCGUCAAGGAGACGGGCAAGAAGUUCUGGAGCACCAAGGACCCCGGCCAGCAGCCCUUCUCCUACCAGGCCGGCGUCGGCGGCGUCAUCAAGGGCUGGGACCAGGGCUGCCUCGGCAUGACCGUCGGCGAGGUCCGCGAGCUCGUCAUCCCCGCGGACGAGGGCUACGGCGCGAACGGCUUCCCCGCGUGGGGCAUCCCGCCGGGCGGUACGCUCAACUUCACGCUCGAGUGCCUCGAAGUC